AGCACGCAGGAGGGGGAGACCUGCAAUUUCUUGUGUAUCUAUGAAAACUUGCUGUGCGAUUUGUACAAGACAUCCAGCAUUAACAGACCACUAUACCUCCCACAAACAUUCUGGAAUAAGAGAAAAGGCAUAAGAAAAGAUCUGCGAACUGUUGGAGUACAGAGUUUCUGCUUUGACUCUUCACCAGGACUGUGUGUUUGGCUGUGGUGCGGUGUGCAGAGUAAUACUUGGGGAGGAUCAUAUUUUAGGGAGCGAGAUGAUUGUAAGGAGAUCUGAGGGAGCACAUUGCCAAAAUGCUGAACAUCAUUAUCUGCUCCUAUAUUAAAUCCGUCACCAUUGGCAUUUGAUAACGCAUGUUGGUGAGUCACUGCCUGGAGCACAGGAAGAUUACUGAGAAAGAAUCCCUAAGGUGCUUGACGCUGUUGAACUGGGGAUUUGGUCACUGACAACGGAACUAAAUUUCCAGGAAGUGCCAUGAAGGUUUCAUUGCUCCUGCUGGUUUCCCAUCUAAAUCUCAUUUGCGGAUUCAUCCCAGGCUUCGCCCCACCGGCUGGACUCAAGAAAAAACGAAUCUAUCAUCAGAUCCGCCGCCCACCUCCAGAGCAUGAAAUGAACCCAACGUACUGGAGGAACCAAGCCCAAGAAACACUGAAGCGAGCGCUCAACCUACAAAACCUUAACACUGGCGUUGCGAAAAAUAUUAUACUUUUCCUUGGAGAUGGAAUGGGGAUACCUACAGUGACUGCUGCUCGGAUACUGAAAGGCCAGCUGGAAAGGAAAACUGGAGAGGAAGGCUUCUUGGAAAUGGAUAAGUUCCCACAUGUAGCUCUUUCAAAGACUUAUAACACCAAUGCCCAGGUACCUGACAGCGCUGGCACAGCAACGGCCUAUCUCUGUGGCGUCAAGGCAAAUGAAGGCACCGUGGGUGUGAGUGCAGCAUCGGUUCGGAGGCAGUGCAAUACCACCUUUGGCAAUGAAGUGACCUCCAUCCUGAAAUGGGCAGAAGAUGCUGGCCAUAGGGAGUGCGGACCUUCUGUAGCAUACAAUCCACUUAGCGAGGUGACUGUGUUGGCAAUUUGUCCUGGGAGAGCCCUCCCCACUGCUUUUGUUUGUAUUAUUGGUGAUAAUGUCGCUGUGCGGCCUGCUGGUGUUUACUUGGAUGUUGCAAGCUCUCAGCACGGAAAGAUGAUUCACUUGGAGGAUAUGUUGAAAGCGUUGUACCCUCAGGUGAUCAUGGGGGGUGGCAGGAAAUACAUGUUCCCAAGGGAUACUCCUGAUCUUGAAUAUCCAAACGACUGGAAAGCCAAUGGAACGCGACUCGAUGGGAGGAAUCUGGUGGAAGAAUGGAAAGUCAUGAAAAAGGGCAAGAACGCUCAUUAUGUCUGGAACAGGGAGCAACUCAGAAGCCUUGACCUGACAAAAAUAGAACAUCUAAUGGCCCUGUUUGAACACGGUGACCUCCAGUACGAGCUGGAAAGAAAUAAAACCACAGAUCCCUCCCUGGAAGAAAUGGUGACAACAGCAAUCAGGAUUCUCAGCAAGAAUCCGAAAGGCUUCUUCCUACUUGUGGAAGGUGGCAGAAUAGACCAUGGACAUCAUGAAGGGAAAGCCAAGAUGGCUUUACACGAAGCUGUGGAGAUGGAUAAAGCCAUUGGGAGAGCAGGUUCCUUAACUAGAGACACAGAUACAUUAACAGUUAUCACAGCAGACCACUCUCACGUUUUUACCUUUGGCGGCUACACCUUUCGGGGAAGCAACAUAUUUGGACUCGCUCCAUAUUUAAGUGAUGUGGACAGUAGGCCAUUCACUUCAAUACUGUAUGGAAAUGGCCCUGGCUACUCCCUGCAAAAUGGAGAAAGGCCCAAUGUUUCCAACAGUGAGAUCUAUGAGAACAACUACCUGGCACAGUCAGCGGUGCCAUUGAGGCAGGAAACGCACGGGGGCGAAGACGUUGCCAUCUUUGCGAAAGGCCCUAUGGCUCACCUCUUCCACAGCGUGCACGAGCAGAACUACAUCCCACAUGUGAUGGCUUACGCAGCCUGCAUUGGUCAAAACAGGGAGCAUUGCGCCGAGUUUGAGCAUGGGUCCUGUCCCAGUGGCACAUGGGUCCCUGUGGGGUCCGGCACCAUCUUGCUGGGAUUGUUGACGCUACUUUCCUGCGUUUAAGGGAGCAGUUUUUUUUUUGGAAAGGUGCUCUGUGCCUGUUCAUCAGGAAUUUCCCCCAGGCCCAAUCCUUCCCACCUCUUACCAACACAGUGAUUCUGGUCUGUGGAGCAGUGUGAUCCCAGCAGAAUGGGAGUAAGACUAGGUGUUAGUACUCCAGUGGACAUAACCCUCACACUGCUUCAUGCAACAGAGUGACCACCACCCUUCCUCUUACCAUACCCAACCUUGUUUACCCCCAUGCCAACCUUGCAUUGAAAAUCAUGAACCUUAAAUAAAAACCACUAGCCAACUGCAUAGCAAUAGGAACAUUCAAAGAUCAAUUUUAUUUUCUGCUGUUUUUGGCAACUGGCCCCUCCUUCCCUUCCCUAUUGCAGCUUGGCUGUUCUGCAGACUUGACUCCAGGUUCCUUUGUUUAUACCCCUGCUGGAUGAGGCCCAUGCUGGGAAUAAGGAACAAAUGGACCCUGCAUUGGUCCAUACAACCACCGCCUUCUUCAAAGGGACAACGUUCGCUGCUCAGAGUCACGUACCCACCUUCCGUUGCACCCUGUUAAAUCUGAAUCGGACCAGCACCAUUGUAUGAAGGAGAGCCAGUACUCGUCCAUUGCAGUGAAGACUCUCUCAGGGCUGGAACCAGACCGAGCCUGACUGUAAACAAGGCAGCACGGGGGCUCCCAUUCCGCUGGGUCAAGCUUCUGCCUUUGACGAGCUUAUGGGUUAAAAAGCAAUGGCAUUUAAUGACUUAAUGUAUCUGGUCAAGUAUCAAGUCUUAGGGGCUUGAGUGGGCAGAUGUUGGAUUUCUGUCCUAGGUUUUAAUCACAGAAUAGCUUUCAGUACAAGCCAGUUAUACAGUGUCCUGGCUGUUAACCUGGAGAGUAAUGUGAUUGAAACAUGGGAAAAGAUUAUUAGGAGCUAAUUAUCCAGGGAGUGAGCUGCAAGAGCUGGCACAAUGGAAGAGGAGGAUUAAUCAUGUUCCUCUCAUGGUUGCAGCGGAAUUGGUGCUUGCUGACAGUACUGGCAAAUGAGCACCCUUUGCCUUGCAUUUCAAACGACCCCCAGGGGGUAAUCCAAUUGGCCAAAAUGUCCCACAAAGUUAUAUGUUUUUGCAUAAGCCAAUCACUCCUCUCAUAUCCUGCCUCAAAUCACUAACUUUUCAGAUGGUCAGUGUAACAGGAGAAUGAAAGUUACAUUUGCAGAACUAUCUUAUUUUAUUUUAUUGCACUUUUCCCUGUAUAAGGAGCAGUUUAAAUAUCAAACAUUAAGCCAGCAAGUUAUUUCUAUCUGCAUGUUUUGUUAAUAUUUAUCCCUUUUUUUUAAUGAAGCGCUAAGUUUGUUAUUGUCGGGACACUGCUGUCCUGAUUGAAUGUUGAGCGGGAAGAGUUUGGUUCCCCAAUCUCUGUCAACGCCCCUCUCUGGCCAAAGACAUGGUGAUAUAGAUGAUCCGAAGCUGCUUGGCUGUCACUGUGCCUUGUUUUCACUCCUCUCCCCUGGAAUUGAGGGCCGUGCCGGGGAGAGACAGUCCAUUUGAUGUGCCCGAGAUUCCUGCUUUGAUACGACGGUCAACGGGCCAAGGUCCAGGAACCCCAGAAUCCCCGAAACAACAAUCAGAAAAUGGGGGUGUUCUUCAUUUCUGGAACUCUGAGUCCAAUUUAGAAUGACCUCUCUGACUUCCGCUCGGUCAGUACAUCAGGACGAACCACCCCAGCUUCUGCAAAACAAUAGAGCCAGAUUACAGAUUCAAACGUACACACUACAUCAUUAACCCAAUUGAGUUACUGCUGAGGAGCAGAAAUGCCGUAAUAACUGUGAGAUCAAAUAUGCGACACAUUGUGUAAAUCAAAUUUCAAACAUCAAUUUUAAACUGUAACCGUUUUGUCAUGUUACCAAUGUCUACCCUGUUUGAAAUUUCAGAAAUCUUUUAUAAAAUAAAGUUUUCUUUUCACUGUUUUA